GGUGGGCCGGGCUCAGUGAAAGCGGACAGUGGAGGGAAGCCUUUCUGUCCGUUUUUACGACUUGACAGGUCGCCGUGACUUAUAGAGGCGAUCGAGGCCCAGGGUCGGGGGGUGUGGGGUGGUGUAAGCUGAAGUAGUCACGGGAUUAGCGCAGUAGGCAGUAGUCUCCUUAGUAUUAGAACGAUAGCGUCGGAGCCAGGUAGAUUAGGUGACGAGUAGUCACGUGUCUUCUUAGUAUAUAGUUAGGGGUAGAUGCUUAGUCGGGGGUUUUUCCCCUUGUAUCCCAGCAGAGACGUCUGACUGAGUUUCAGACGCAUGCAGCAGGUCUGCGAUAGGGAAGCCCGUUCCGUGUAGAACGUAUCACUACCUGCUGGCACUUGCGGUCUGGUGGUAGAGUUGUGAGAGGUGUAACGAAGAGGUUGACUCUCACUAACGACAAGCGAGGGCGUCAACGAACAGGGACAGUUCGUGUUCCAGGAGGACCUACUGCCCUAUUAUAUCCCAGGACUGUGAAUUGUGGAUCAGGUACGGACCGCGUGUCCGGACACAUGCACAGAUACUGACGUUAUGUAGAAACUCCGAACAUGGACUUCACGCCCUACACAAACUUUUGGGUACACCUGGUGGCGCCACUCGGUCACAUUGUCGUUAUAAGUUUUGAUGAUAUUGACAGCGUCUACACCUGCUUGAGCCGUUUUCCUGACCACCUGACAUUCCGUACAAAGAGCAGUUACAGAGAGUAUUCAAUAUGUUCCUUAGAAAUGAACCGUGACCUGGCUUUUUAUCCUGGUGAGAUGCUGAUGGAGUACAAAGUUUACUCUAUGUCAUACGGUGGACAUUUUAAAAUAAUGUUUUCCUUUCACCACGUGUCAGCGCUGCCUGUGAAGUUGUCUGACGGCAGGUGGAACUGCUCGGCCGUGCGAUGGGAGGACAUGCAGCAUCACUUCCCGUGUAACUUUACGUGCGAGUGUGUGGGCGGCGAAGAUGAAGCUGGAUGCUGGUCAGGUGACGGCACGUGCAGCGCGGGACAAAUCGAGGUGGACGGUCGCUGCUUUACUUUCACGCACGUGGUAGAGGAAGACCUUUCCUGGAAUUAUGCGAACCGUUGGUGUCAGGAGCGUAAACAACAGCUCGCCAGUUUUAGUGCAAGAACAGUGUGGGACUUCUUUAUGGAGUUCUUCAAUCAUUUAACACAUUCUUCAAGAAUUUUCGUUGGACUUAGGUUCGCGCCGUCAUCUUUACCUCCAAUAUAUCGAAAGACUUGGAUGUGGUGUGACGAGACCAUCGCUCAUGUCUUGCAAUUUACGAACCUGGGAUUCAGAAUGCCCAACGAGAAUUGCGUGGUGACCGCGAGUUACCCGAUUCGUCAUGACAAGCUUAGAGGGCAUCUAAUGGUCACAGCAUGUGAGCAAGCACUUCCUGUUUCUUAUCACUUAUGUGAGAUCCGGGGAACACCAAGUAUGCAUCCUGCUGUCGAGGCAGCAGAUGUCCACGUGACACAACCCACGUCCAGACUUUCUAAGCCAGGGUACAUCCUGUGCCCCGCCAACCACUUCACGCACGUGUUUCUCGUCUGUGACGUCACCUCUAACUGCUGGAACAAGACAGAUGGCGCCACGUACUCCUGCUCGGCACCACUGACGUCACUUCCGCCUCUCUUUGAGUGUGCUGAUAUACAGCAGAGUGUACCAUACACUUUAGUAUGCGAUCAUCGAGUUGACUGCCUUGAUGGCAGCGAUGAAAACUUUUGCGUCUUUCCUCGCUGCGACCUGGACUCACCGUUUCAAUGCAGUGGCAGAAGGUGUGUACAGGCGAUCGAGCGUUGCAAUGGACAAGUGGACUGCGAUGACCAAGCGGAUGAAGCAAAUUGCCUUCAACUCUUUAACGCUCUAGAUACCGGAAGAAAAGUACUAAGCUCUUUCAGAAUUGAUAGUAAUUCAAAUGGACAGAUCGUAUACCCCGAACUGUCACCAUUUUCUUGUCCCGAAUCGCACUUCGUGUGUCCAAGCCUUCACGAAGUGUGUCUGCCUGUCUACUUCCGGUGUAACGGAGUCAACGACUGUCCUGGUCACGAAGACGAGGCGGCUUGUGACAGGUACACGUGUCCAGGCUUCUACCGUUGCCGCAAAUCUCAGGUGAGAGAGAUAUUAGAGGAAGUCUGCGAACAGAACUGCAAAACUAGGGAUCGAAGAGUCACGAAAGUUUAUGGAGUACCAUUUAAAGAACUGUCGCUGGGUAACAAUAGCCGAAGAGAUAGAGUGGGAAAGGCUGGAGUAGAGGAGGAAGAUAGAAUUGCACGCGAACACGCGCGAGAGCGGGUCAAAAGCCAGAAGGCUGAAAAGGAGAAGAAAGAGCGAACCAAGCGCGAGAAAGAGCGAGAAUUCCUGCGAGAGGUGUGCCGGUUAGGCGGGGUCAGCUUAGAUGACAGGGAUCCGGCCGAGGCAGGUAAUUACAGGGGGUUGGCGUAG